AGAAAUGUUAUCUUCUUAGGUGGUUGGGCGACAAUCAUGUGUCCAUGUGGAAUUGUGUAUAGUUUAAAGUUCAACCUGAGAGCAGAAAGUCCAAGGGACUAUAUGGACUUGUUGAUGUCAUUGCAGCACAUUCCAAAUAUAGUCAUUUAUGAUUUUGCCCAAGGACUGGCAACUCAUGGAAAUGUAAGAUUUCCAACAGCACUGCCCUUUUCUCCUCAUGAGGGAGGAUUACUCAGCCCUACUGCUGAAAACAUCCAAUGUGCUAAAGAAGGGAGGCUCACAGUAAGUCUUCCAUGGUUAAUAAAGGCAAAUGAAACUCCUGACAUAAAUGGGCAUCCCUUAACAAGAUCAUCAGAGCAUUAUGUGCUCUAUGAUAAAUUGCAUGAGGGAAAUACAAAGGAUGAGAAAGAUGUACUAAGGAGGGUUGAGCUUGUUCCUGAACUUGCUGGCCGUAUCAACAGUCAAGUGAUUGAACAAUUUUUCUCACAAAUGGAAAAAAACAACUACUUCUUAAACAUGAUGAAGAUUUUCUUGAUCAGAAACAUAAUCCAUCACAGAAACUCCAUCAUAAACACGGCAAGGAUGGAUAAGAUUAAGAAGAGUCUGGACGUUGAGCAUGUUACAUUGAACAAACAUGGACAAGCAGUCAUUGGUACUUCCAAUGAAAACAACAGGUUGGGUGAGUGUUGAGAAAUACCUGUAUAGUUCAUAAGAUUACAUUUUCUCUUACCAAUUAGUCAA